CCCAGUUCCCCUCCUCUUGCUCCUGCAAAGAAACAGCCGCCCCUUCUUCUCAUCUCCCCCUCAGUCCGGCGAGCUCCCCGGCCCUUCCGACAAAACCCCCGGCGACCGCGGCCCAACUGACCCCCGUGCUGCUUCCGCGCCGGCACGCACGCCGCCCGCUCGCCCCGCGCACUCCACCCUACGCUCCGGCCCCGCCCGACCGCUCUUCGCCGCACCUGCUGUAGCCGCCGGCGCGACCGGCCACCACUGGUCGUGGCUGCGCUGCAAAGAAGCUAGGGUUUCCGCCGCGCCGUCGCCUCCGUCGGACUCCGCCUCCCUGUCACGGACAUCUCGGGCGACAUGGCUGGAGGGUUGGCCCUCUCCCCUUCGUUAUCGACCAGAUCCGUCAAGCACGUCUCCUGGCGCACGGGAAGUUGCGUACCCGAGCUGUGUGGAACAGCAUGUUCUUCACCUUCACCUCUCUAGUUGCCCGAUCCCAUGCAGCAGCUUCCCUGUUGGAAUCAGCAGAUGCAAACAUGUAAACAUCUGGCGAAUAAUGUAUGGAAACAUGGAAACAUGCAGCUUCCCAGGAUGGAUUCAGUGUGAGGAUGGAUCCUGCGUCAGGAUGGAUUCGAGAUCGGAUCCAAGGUCAGGUUUGGCAUUUUAUAUCAACUGAAUGAAAACACAAAAAGCACCUGUCAUUUUUUAUAGGCAAUGGAAUAUGUUUUUGCAGGAAAUACAAUGUGUUCUUUUCCAGGAAAUGCUAUGUGUUUUUUAGCCAUGUUCCCUUAUUGCCAGUGGGAGUUAGUAAUCUCUCUAGUAUUUUUGGUCAAUGAUUUCCUAAUUGACAUGUUUGGAGACAUUAAGAUGUGGGCGUUUAGAGGUCACUUCGAAGGUUACGGGAAAUUUUUGCACGGAUAUCUUUCAGGUGCUGAAUUUGCCCUUGUGCGCAUAUAUCAAUCUUUGCUUGAUAAUAAGGAGUUGGUAAGGGAAGUUUCUGAUUGCAAGACAAUUGGUGAAGCAUUCUCUUCAGGAUACUUAAUUGCAUGGCCUUCAGCUUUUAUUCGAGAGAAUGAUAAUUGAGUUACGUUUGAAUUCUUGGAUGCGGAAGCAAAUAAAAUCUGAAGAUGUUAUCUACCAAUAGUCGUAGUUUACAUUGAUAGAUUGAAAAAUGUAAUAUGAACCACCAGAUCUUUUUCUUUCGUCCAGUUGAUGCAAAUUCUAUGGUGUAAUAUUCUUCAUAGUUGUGUUUUCCAUGCUCAAAAUGAUAUGAAUGAUAUCUUUAUUGUAAUGCGUAUGUAUCAUACACUUGUAUAUUCUUAAUCAGUAUCUUCAUAUUGAGGAUUUC